AUGGUUCUGGACUUGGAUCGCAUUUGGUGGAAAAUCCGUGGCGCCGUGGAUUCUUAUGUCGAUGAGGCAGAGAACGAAAUCAACAGCUUCGAGUCCGGAUCACAGGCGAUGGCGAACUACCAGCAGUGUUCCAUGGACUUCGCCAGCUUGCUUUCCAUCUACAGGCAAACCAUGGCGGUCACCGACAGCUCCCACAGGGCGCUCAAGAAGACUUGGCGGCUGUGUUCGAACCUCAUGGGCGAGCUGGCGUCCCACUUGGACGACGGAGAGGCUUUCGUCACCUUCCUCCAGCAAGAAGGCUGUGCGUCCCGUUUGGCCUUCGAGACAUUGGAGCAGGUCCGAGACGUCAUGGGCAGCUUGAGGAUGCUCUACCAUCGCUUCGCCGUUUCGGGCCUGGCCUCACCAGAGCUGAGCCUUGUGGAAUCCACGGUCGAUCGCAUCAAGAGGAGCUGGUCAAGCGCACAGGCGGCUGUCUGCAAUCGCACCGGACAGCUUCCCAUGUGGUACAUGAUGCCUCUGGACACGGAGAAAGCCCUGGAGCAGAUGGAAGCAAUGACUCCGUAG